CUAAACCCUAUAUAAAACCUCCCAACAAUAACUCACCUUUCCAAAGUUUGCUUCUUUAAACUUUUGAAGCAAAACUCAGAACAAGUAAAAACCCCGCAAAAUUCACACCAUUUUUAAACAAAUUUCAUCUGCAAAAUAAUUUUAUACUGUAUUAUUCAACACCCUUUUGUUAAUUAUCAUCUUCUUCGAAGCAACUAUGUCUAUGGACGGAAGUUUCUGUUUGAAGAUGGAGUUGGACAGAUUAAUUGCACGUUGUCCCAAGCUUGGAACUGUCCCUUGUUUCCGUCUUCUCCUUGAAAAGGGGAAUGAAUUAGAGGAGGAACAAGUGGUGAAUUCUUUGACUACUAUGUGUUUGCAUCCCACAUAUACAAUACCUAUCAUGGGUUGUUUUCGUCCGAUUGCUAAGAGAAUUUUGAACCGUGUAGUGGAAUUGCUAAAACAAGUUCCAAACUUGAGUUUUAAUUGUUCCGGUGGAGUUAUUAAUAAUUUUAUGGAGGAGAGGUUUUUUAUAGAUUGUGUAGAGGUUGAUGAUGUUGUUCAUCAAUUUGGAGUGAUCGAGGCGUAUUUGAAACAUCAAAGAUUUUUGGAUCUUCAUGAGCUUGCUUGUCUUGCUUUUUGUAGAAUGCUUGAAUUGGCACCUUUUUUGAAGAGUGCCGUGGAAUGCUACUUUGAAUUUGGUGCAUCCCCAUUUUGUCGAGUUCUUGAAACACCAUUUCUUUCCAAGGAGGAUAAUGCGCAAGCUGUAAAGCAUGUAAGGGACCUUGUUUGGACAUCUUACCGUCUCCUUCUAUUGGACCCUAAAUUUUUUUCAAGCCGUUGGAAUUGGUGUUGUUUUCUGGACUUGGUGCAUCAGUCUCAAAAUUUGGAUCUUGAAUUUACUAGAGAUAUAAGAUGGGCUAGCGUGCAGAUAAUUUGUGUCCUCCUAAGGUUACCUAGUAGAACUGCUGUGCUUAGUAUGAAGCCUGUAGAAUGUCUAUCGUGUUUUUUGCGGUGGAAUGAGUUCUGCUGGGAUGUGUCAAUGGAAAAGGCUGGCUGGUUAAUCUCCAGAAAAGCAAAUUUAUAUUAUACUGACAUGGAUGCUUGUUCUAGUGGAAGAGAGCCUAUUCCCACUGAUUUGCUGAAGCUUAUUGAAUAUCAACCCGAAAGCUUCAGAAGGAGGGUGCGAAGGGACUGCAGUCCUUUUUUGUUGACAUCUUCACUCAAGAGUAGUUUCGAAAGAGUCAUUCUAUCUGUGAAUCAAAAAUGGCCUGUUCUUUUGUAUGGUCCACCUGGCUCAGGGAAGACUGCACUUAUUAACAACUUAGCUCAAGAAAUUGGAAACCAAGUUCUUUCAAUUCACAUGGACGAGCAAAUUGAUGGAAGGACAUUGGUUGGAAGUUAUGUCUGUACAGAGCAGCCUGGCGAGUUCCGUUGGCAACCAGGUCCUCUUACCCAGGCAGUAAAAAAUGGUUUCUGGGUUGUCUUUGAAAACAUAGAUCAAGCCGCUUCAGAUGUGCAGUCUAUAUUAUUGCCUCUUCUGGAGGGCGGAAGCACUUUUUUGACUGGUUAUGGGGAGGGCAUAAGAGUGGCAGAAGGUUUUCGACUAUUUUCUACUAUUUCAACUUCAAAGGUUGAUAUAUGUUACAGUCUAGAAGGUAGAUAUGCUUUGUCUGCUCUUUGGAGGCGAGUGAUGAUCAGGCCUGCAGCUAGCACGGACUUGGCGAAUAUAAUGACUGCAUGGUACCCAGAUUUAGAACCUGUAGCUGCGAAGCUCAUAGAAACCUUCGAAAAGCUUAAUGAGAUUUCUGAACUUGGAUCUGGUAGUAAGAAUUCUACAAGCAGGUUCUCCCUAAGGGAUCUUCUGAAGUGGUGUAGAAGAAUUUCUGGUUCAUGUUUCAGCUUCAGCAUAGAUGGCUUGUCAGCUGACUUGCGUAAUAUGAUAUAUCUCGAGGCUGUGGAUGUAUUUGCUGCCACUGCAGCUUCACCAAGAAACCGGUUGAAUAUUGUAAGAAACAUAGCAAAUAUGUGGGGGGUUCCUAUUCCAACGGCAGAGGCCUUAUAUUAUCUCAACAGACCUGUUCUUCAGGAUUUUGCAGGAACUGUACAGAUUGGAAGAGUCAGUCUGCAAAAAAAUGAAGAUGCUGUUUUCCAUGAAAAAAAGCCCUUUGUUGAAAUUCGGAGCUCUUUUCAUGUACUGGAGAGAAUAGCAUGUGCUGUUAAAUGGAAUGAGGCUGUUCUUCUGGUUGGGGAAACUGGUACUGGUAAAACUACUCUUGUACAGAAUCUGGCUGCAAGAAUUGGUCAAAAACUUACUGUUCUGAACCUCAGUCAGCAGAGUGAUGUAGCCGAUUUGUUGGGGGGCUUUAAACCAAUGGAUCCACAGUAUAUUUGCAUACCUCUUUACAAGGAAUUUGAGACCUUGUUCUCAACUACAUUCUCUGUUCAGGAAAAUGAGAAAUUUCUUGUUCGUUUGAAAAAGCUUUUAAGUGACAAGAAUUGGACAACAUUGUUGAGUGGAUUCCAAAAGGGUGUACGAAAAGUGAUUGAUAUAGGGAGAUGUGGGCCUGGAAUCAAGCGAAAGAGACCUCUAGAAGAAAGAGUUUUGGGGGUCUGGGAAAGCUUUUCUCAUAAAGUGGAGAUAGCUCGCAAACAACUUUCUACUUCAUCUGGAAUGAUAUUUUCAUUUGUUGAAGGAGCCUUUGUCACAGCACUUCGAAAGGGUGAAUGGAUUUUGCUAGAUGAAAUUAAUUUAGCACCUCCAGAAACAUUACAAAGAAUCAUCGGUGUCCUUGAUGGGGAAGGUGGUUCACUUUGUUUAGCUGAAAAUGGAGUUAUUGUGGAUAGACAUCCAAACUUUCGCAUGUUUGCUUGCAUGAAUCCAGCAACUGAUGCGGGAAAACGGGAUUUGCCUUAUUCACUGCGUAGUAGAUUUACAGAAAACUUCGUAGAUGAUGUUUUGGACGAGGAGGACUUGAAAUGCUUUGUUACACAGUUUCUUGAUUAUGGGCACACAGUCAAAGACCACGCAGACAAAGACUUGGUAAGUAAGAUAGUAUGCUUUUAUAAAGAUGCUAAGAAGGAAUCUGAGGAAAAACUGCAGGAUGGAGCUAACCAGAAGCCUCAAUAUAGUCUGAGGUCUCUUUAUCGUGCUUUAGAAUACAUAAAAAAAGCAAGGAAGUUUGGGUUUAAGAGGGCAUUGUAUGAUGGAUUUUGUAUGUUUUUCAUGACAUUAUUGGAGAAUCGCAGUGCUGAAUUGAUGAAUGAAAAUAUCAUUUCAAAGUUGCUAGGAGGUGUUAAACAACUUCCAUCGCCUAUACCCUUGGAACAGCUGUUAAACAUCAGAGAAAGACCAGGAUCUGAACAAUUUUUAGGAGAAUACAUAAUAACUAAAAGUGUUGAGGAGCACCUAAGGAGCUUGGCUCGAGCAGUAUAUAUAAAAAGAUACCCUGUUCUAUUGCAGGGUCCAACCUCUAGUGGAAAAACUAGUCUUGUGCAAUAUCUGGCUGCAAAAACUGGCCACGAGUUUGUCCGCAUCAACAAUCAUGAACAUACUGAUCUACAAGAAUAUUUAGGUUCUUAUAUUACUGAUGCCAAUGGGAGACUUGCAUUUCAUGAAGGUGUGUUGGUUCAGGCUGUUCGCUAUGGACAGUGGAUUGUCUUAGAUGAACUGAAUCUUGCGCCUUCUGAUGUCCUAGAAGCACUAAAUCGACUGUUAGAUGAUAAUAGGGAACUUUUUGUGCCCGAACUAAAUGAAACUGUUCGUGCUCAUCCAAAUUUUAUGCUUUUCGCAACUCAAAAUCCUCCAACUUUCUAUGGUGGUCGUAAGAUGCUUUCACGUGCAUUCCGCAACCGGUUUGUUGAGAUACAUGUUGAUGACAUCCCAGAGGAUGAGUUAACUGAAAUUUUAGAGAAGAAAGGCAAAAUUCCUCGAAGUUAUGCAAAAAAAAUGAUUGAAGCAAUGAAGGAACUACAGCUGCGCAGACAGAAGAGCAAAAUUUUUGCUGGGAAACAUGGAUUCAUAACUCCGCGAGAUCUGUUCCGGUGGGCUGAUCGUUUUAGGAGAUUUGGAACCUCAUAUGAAGACUUGGCCAGAGAUGGCUAUUUUCUUUUGGCAGAAAGGCUCAGGGAGGAGAGUGAGAAGAACAUUGUGCAAGAAGUUUUAGAGAAGCAUCUACGUGUUAAAAUCAAGUCAAAUGAGCUCUAUAAACAGGGAUCUCCUAAGGCAAACACUUUUUGGGAAAAUUUUGGAAAUAUUGUUUGGACCAAAAGUAUGGAGAGGCUUUACUUCCUUAUUGAAAGGUGUUAUCAGUUAAAGGAGCCUGUACUACUUGUUGGUGAAACUGGUGGAGGAAAGACGACUGUGUGCCAGUUACUAAGCAUGGCUUUGAGUGCCAAAUUACAUAUCCUAAAUUGUCAUCAGUAUACAGAAACAUCUGAUUUUCUUGGGGGAUUCUAUCCUGUUCGUGAGAGGUCAAGGAUAGCAUCAGAUUUUAAGAAUCUUAUUAAACAACUAGCAUUGUCACAGGCUUUUAUCCAUAUACCCGAUGUUAAUAACAUUUCUGCAGAUAUUGGCAAAGCUCCUUCUACUCUUAAGCAACUGGGACACUUUAUAGAUAGCUGUAAAUGUGGUCUGAUCUUGCUUCCAGAUAUAAGUGAAAAGGAUUUGGUAUCUCUUGAGAAUUUAAAAGAGGAACUGUCUCAGCUGUAUCAGCAAUGGCAAACAAUUUUUGUAUGGCAAGAUGGACCACUAGUGCAAGCUAUGAAAAAUGGGGACCUAUUUCUUGUGGAUGAGAUUUCGUUGGCAGAUGAUAGUGUGCUAGAACGGUUAAAUAGUGUUCUUGAGCCUGAUAGGAAACUGUCUUUGGCUGAGAAGGGAGGACAAAAUUUGGAGACAGUGACUGCUCAUGAUAAUUUUUUUCUUCUUGCUACAAUGAAUCCUGGUGGGGAUUAUGGUAAGAAAGAAUUAUCCCCUGCACUUCGGAACAGGUUCACUGAAAUAUGGGUUCCCCCCGUUAGUGACCUAGAUGAGUUGAGGGUUAUUGCUAAAAGGUUCCUAAGUCCCGUGCACCAUCAUUUUGUGAACCCUCUUCUUAGUUUCUGGGAGUGGUUCAACCAGAUACAAGUCGGCAGAAUUCUUACUGUGAGGGACCUCCUUGCUUGGUUGGAGUUUUUCUCAAAAACAGAAAAGAGCUUACAUCCUUAUUUCGCCUUUUUACAUGGAGCAUUCCUCGUUUUGCUUGAUGGGCUAAGCUUGGGAAUUGGUAUAUCAAAGACCGAAGCUAUGGAAGUAAGAGAGAAAUGCCUUGCCUUUCUUGUGGAGCAGCUAAAGAUACAGGCAGAUGAUUCUUCUGUGGUUGAUUUGGAAUUACAUCGAAUGGAAAAAUAUGGAUGGGCUGAUGAUGGCGGGACAAUGGAUGAUUCAGAUGCUGACGAAAUGCAAUGUGACAAUCUCUUUGGAAUCCAUCCAUUUUAUAUUGAAAAAGGUGAUGCUCAUAUUGAAAACAGUGGGUUUGAGUUUUUGGCUCCUAAUACACGCCGAAAUGUCUUACGUGUCUUGCGUGCUAUGCAACUGUCAAAGCCUGUAUUGUUGGAAGGUAGUCCUGGAGUUGGAAAAACAAGUUUGAUUUCAGCCAUUGGAAAGUUUUCGGGUCACAAGGUUGUACGUAUCAAUCUGUCUGAACAGACUGAUAUCAUGGAUCUACUGGGUUCGGACUUGCCUAUUGAGAGUGAUGAAGGGUUGCAGUUUGCUUGGUGUGAUGGCAUUUUGCUGCAGGCUUUAAAGGAGGGAUCAUGGGUUUUGCUAGACGAGAUCAACUUGGCUCAGCAAUCUGUUUUGGAGGGACUGAAUGCUAUUUUAGACCACAGAGCUGAGGUUUUUAUUCCAGAGUUGGGUCGCUCUUUCAAGUGUCCGUCGUCGUUUAGAGUUUUUGCUUGUCAAAACCCUUCUUAUCAGGGUGGUGGGAGGAAGGGUCUUCCGAAAUCAUUUCUAAAUCGAUUUACAAAGGUUUACGUGGAUGAAUUGGGUGAACAUGACUAUCAUUUCAUAUGUCGUUCCCGGUUUCCGUCAAUCCCUGAGUUCAUUCUUACCCGUUUAAUUGCUUUUAAUAAGAGGCUAUAUGAUGAGACUAUGAUACAUCAUAAGUUUGCGCAGCAGGGAUCUCCAUGGGAAUUCAAUUUGCGUGAUAUUAUUCGAUCCUGCGAGUUAAUUGAAGGUUCAACUGGAAAUUCCAAGAAUGAUUGCUUCCUUAAUGUUGUUUAUGUGCAAAGAAUGCGAACUGCUGCAGACCGGAGAGAGGUAUUGCGUCUUUAUGAAGAAAUAUUUGGGAUGAAGCCUUCGUUAAAUCCAUACCCACUAGUACAGAUGGAUGAUCAAUUUUUGGUUGUUGGGGACACUCGUAUUAAGAGGAACCGAUUUCAGUCUACCAGAACUAUAUGGAGCGAGCUCAAGAUUUUUCCGGGAUUAAGGAAUACAUUGGAAGCUGCCGCCCGAUGUAUACAACAGAAGUGGCUGUGCAUAUUGGUUGGGCCAACAUCAUCAGGCAAAACAUCAUUGAUAAGGCUGCUUGCACAUCUAACUGGAAAUGUGCUCAAUGAAAUUCAUCUUUCUUCUGCCACUGAUAUAUCUGAAUUACUUGGGUCUUUUGAGCAGUACAAUGCCUAUAGGAACUUUCACUCUAUUGUCACUGAAGUUAAGAGCUAUGUGAAUGAGUAUUGCAAUUUGCAGCUAGAUUCAUCUGCUGACGUAUUUUUGAGAGACAGAAAAGAGCUAAUUACCAAAUGGCUCAGUUUUUCAUCUAAUAUAAGUUCUGGUCAUGUAUCCAAAACUGAUACGAAGGAUCAUGAAAGUUGGAGGUCAUCGUUAUCUUUGUUGGUUGAAGUUAUUGAACUUUUAAUGUCGGAUUUUGAGAGGUGUAUGCUACCCGUUACUUGGUCAUUGGGAAAUUUGACUAAAUCUUUGAAGAGAGUUCAGAAGUUGCAAGAUAUUCAAAAGGGAGGGCCAAUUCCAGUGAAGUUUGAAUGGGCAGCCGGAGUGCUAAUCAAAGCAAUUGAAAACGGUGAAUGGAUAGUGCUUGAAGAUGCUAAUCUAUGCAAUCCUUCGGUUCUUGAUCGGAUUAAUUCUUUAGUUGAAUCAGAAGGGUCAAUAACUGUAAAUGAAUGUGGGAAUGUGGAUGGGAAACCUUUGGUUUUAUCCCCACAUCCAAAUUUUAGAAUGUUUCUCACUAUGAACCCAAGCCACGGUGAUGUUUCCCGCGCAAUGAGAAAUAGAGGAAUUGAGAUUGCUAUGAUGCCUCCUUAUUGGCUACAUGAUGGUGAUGACCAAGAGAAGAUCCUAGAGAUUGAAUUAGAUGAUAUUAAGAGCUUUCUUGCUCUAUUUAACAUACCUAAUGAGAUGUUGGUUGGUUCUAUGGCGAAAGCACAUAUGUUUGCCAGGAAUGAAGGUCUGCUACUUAAUGUGCAAAUAACUUAUCUUGAACUAGGACGAUGGGUUCAUUUAUUUGAGCAGCUGUUGAUGACUGGUAAUGAUGUUCUAUGGAGCCUUCAAAAUAGUUGGGAGCAUUCAUAUCUCUCAUCAUUAGGUGAAGCUGCAGGAUGGCAUAUUGUUCAGGAAGCAAAAGCAUCUUAUUUAUCAAAAAUUGGGUAUUUAUGGAUUGAGGGAAAUCAAAUUGUAAGUUCUAGGGAUGGUUGUUCAAAGCAAGCAUCAGAGGUGUCUAGUGGAAGCUUAUCCCUUGGCUUUCCAGGUGGGUGGCCUGCACCUUUGAGACUGAGAGAUUUUGUCUGGUACUCAGUCGAAGCUUCUGUCAGACAAAAGUGCCUGUAUCUGGAGUAUCUUGGUGCGCAGUGUGCAUCAUAUGAGCUUUAUAUUCCAAGGAAUCAGAUGAUGAGGGACAAUGUCCACUCCAAUACUUUGAAGUCAAUAUACUUGCUAGACUUGAAGCUGUUGCAGACAAUUAUGUAUCCACAAGGUCCAACUGGUGAAAUUAUGAAAAUUUAUUCGACAGCAGAAUAUGCUAUUAUGCUAACUAAGAAGAAGCUUUUAUUUGCUGCUGAUUGGGUCAUGGAUCAAGUCAGCCGGAAAGUUGAUCUUGAGCUAUGUCUUUUGUGGUUUAGCUGGUUUGGUUCGCAGUUGCAGCCCUGCUGCCAUUUUUUUGAAUCUUUGGGAAAUCUGCUUAGAGAAGAAUUGGGACAUCCAAUUUGGAAUUACAUCUUUAAAUUUCGAGAUGAUAUGUCCCGUGAGUUAGAUGUUGACAUGCAGUCAUUCCCAUUCCUCGCUUUGGAGUCUGCCAAUGUUCUUGCAACCUUUUCUGAAUCUUCUGGGAGCCUUCUAUGUAAUGCUAUAAAUAGUGUUGGUCUUCUUAGAUGUAGUCUGCGGCAGUGGAAUACUGAGAUCAAUGAGGGCAUCGCUGACAGCUUUUUACAAUCUGUGGUGAAUUCUCUGCGGAAUCUGGAAGAGGAAGUGCUGAGUGUGAUGGUUGAAUCCCCAUGUUUUGAUUUUUUACACCAAACAUAUAGUGAACUUUUGGAAGAGCACAUCUUGUUUUGGAAUGUUGUUGUUUCAUCAGACUUUGAAACACUGCUUGUCUAUUGGCGUGCUUUGAUGAAGAUUGUGUUGAAAUUGCGAGAGCAUUUCCCUGAAGCCGUAAACAAUUUGUUGAGAAGUUUUCAUAUGAUGUCAGGGAAUUUGAGUAGAAGAUUGCCUUACUCCUUAAAUUCUGAGAAGUCAUUGUUGUGGUCACAUGGAGGCCAUCCAUCUUUACCUUGUUCUUCUGAUGUAUUUUAUGAACUCCAAAAACUUGUUAGCUUUGUCAAACUAGUCUGGCCAAGGAAGCACUUGCAGAGACAGUUGGACAAUGUUGUUGAGAUUGCUGUAUCAACCCAUCCAGAACUUCGUUUUCUCACCAUGCAAGGUCUUUGCAUGACAUUUUCUCUAUAUGGAAAAUAUGAAGAGGGAGACAUUGCUGAGAAGUUAAAGAAGAUGUAUGAGAUGCUAUAUAGGAGAUUUGAAAGUGAAAGGAACGUAUUGGAGGCGAAUUCUAUAUCUCAAAUCAGUGGAUAUCCCCUGGCGAAGCAUGCUUGUUGUAAAGCCAUUCCUGAGAUCCUGAACUGUAGAUGUGGUUUCGAAAGUUGGGUCGCAAGCCUUCCUAUAGUUGAUAAGACAAGCCUUUUUCUGGACUUGUGUCUGCUCUGUGAUUUAUCAGAAACUAUUCUUGCGGAUCCUAAAGACUUGCAAUCACUUCUAUCAGGUUCAUAUGAUAGUUUGCAACAUUCAAUGGACUUCUCGAUAAGUCUUUCAUCACGGUCUCCAUUAGAUUUUGUACCUCACCAGGAAAUGUUAUGGAUACUUGAUGCAUGGAUGACUGUCCCAGAAGUUUCGCAAAAACUUGUCACUUCUGUUCUGGACAUGUGGUUUAAGUGGCAUUCUUCCUUGUGGAGUUGUCCCAUUGUCUCUAACAAGGAGCUUGUCAGGACUGAUACUUAUGGAUUCAUGCUGCCUGAUACGCUUGUUAAACCAUUGAAGAUAGAUACUGUACAAAAUAUACUGCAAACUACUUUUGUCAUCAAGGAUUACCGAUUUCAUUGCUUCAAGCUCAGGGUUGCGUCAUCCAACAUUUGGAGAAGCAUUGUGCCUAAUGUGGACUUGCACUUUUCUCUUUUGCAUGCUGCUCGUUGCUUAUUGUUGCAGAUUAUAUCUGCUCAUAGAAAGUCUUUCACUGCUGAUAAUUAUGUGGCAAUCAAAUCAUGUCUUUUGUCUCUUCAAAAGAAUGAGAUCAAGCAAGAUGGCGUGAAAACUCUGCUUUCACUUCUUAGUUCAUCCGGACAUCAGAAGUUCGUUUCCCUUGUAAAACCAUUUUUUGAACCUCUACUCAAAGAAGUUGCUGAGAUAAGCUUGAAUCAGGAUUUAACAUAUCGUAUAAGCUGUGCCUGGUUAAGACUUGGAGGAUUGAGAUUUCAGCUUUUGCUUGCCUGUGAUGAUCUGGAUCCGGCUAUUAAGUAUUGGUCCAAAUAUCAGAAGCUGGUGGAUAAAUGUAAAUCACUUGGACUUGAAAAUGAGGUCAGACAUUAUUGUAACUUCCUGGUUGGUUCAUCUUCAACUAGAAAGACUGAUGAACGAAGAGCAAGCUUAUUGGGAAAAUAUGAAGCUGAUCGUAACAGAUUGCAAAGCAAGGUUAUUUACCGUUCUGAUCGUGGAAAAUUUAUCAAGUUAAAGGAUGAAUGCAAUCAAUUCUCUGAGAAUGUUAUCUCAGGAGUGAAGCUUUUGGAGUCUGAUCAGAUUGCAAGCUUGGCAUUUCUUAUCAACCAAACCAGCAACUGGCAGGCAACUGCAAGUCGUUUCAUUGACCGCUUAUCAGAAGAGUACGCUAGUUAUGUUGAUAUAAUCCAACCUAUUCAAGUUUCUGUUUAUGAAAUGAAAUUGGGAAUGUCACUGCUUCUGUCAAGUGCUUUGCAGAAGGAUUUUCUUGGUAGAGUGCAAGAAGACAAUAUUGACCACAUUUUGGAUGCUAUUUAUUCUUUGAUGAGAUUUCCUCUGGGAUGUCCUUUUGAGAGACAAGUCCAGCUUAACUUCAGUGCACCUGAGUACCCCUUCUAUAGUGUAGACUUUUCAUCUUGCAUUUGGGUCAACAAGAUGGAUUUAUUGAAGAAGGUUAUUUUAUCUACUGAAAAUGUCCAUGGAGGAAAAAAGGUUGCGUCUUUCCGGUUGCAAGUUUCUCUAUUGGAUAACAUACUUGAGCGUGUUUUGAAACUUGUCAGCAACACAAAACUCUUGAAUGAUGCAUCUUUUAAGAUAGUUGAUAAGAUAUUUUACUUCAUUACGAGCUUGUGGAGGGAUGCUAAAGCUCAAGAAAAACAUGAGAAAGAUAAUGAUGCACAGUUGUACAAGUUCAGGCCACGUCCUUUUAAACUAGACAACGUGUAUGAGAUUGAUUUGUCAUCGUUGGGUAGUUCUUUCUCAGGUGAUAGCUUCAAUGAAUGGAAGGAAUUGCUCCAUGAUGAAGAGAGUGUUCAAGGGAAUGAUGCCAUUGAUCAGUAUGAAAACUCCGGAGAUUGGAACCUUAUUCCAGAAUCAAUGCUCAGCACCAUGUUGAAUGUGCAUAAUCAGUUAUUUGGGUCAAACAAUCUUGUUGACAAUCUGGGCAUUGUGCAGUUGUCUAAUGCAGACAAGCUGAAUCUUUUUGCUAAAUCUUAUACUCUUGGAGCAACAUUACUCAAAGAUAUGGCAGGAAUAUCUGCUUCAAUCUUGGAUUCUAGGUUUGUUGGAGAGCAUAUCCUUCGCCUUUGUCUAGAGCAUGAAUACAUGUUGCCUAUACUCGACAAAUCAGUUGUGUCACGAAAUUUUUAUAAGGAUCCAAAUCCUGCUGUCGUGGCAAGCAUGGUGGAGUUGAUCAAUGCUCUAAGAACAAAAGUUUUUUCCUUGUUGAAGGAGAGGGAUGAACAUCCAGGAUUGCAGAAAAUUCUGGAUAUUGUGGAAAUGCUCUUGGGUCUUCCUUCAAGCACCUCUGUUGCUCAGGCUUUGUCUGGCCUACAUUACCUGGUCGGUCAAGUGAAAAUAAUGCAGGAAAAUGGUGCGAAGUUCCCGCUUUCUGAUGAAGUGGAAUCUAUUUUCUCUCUCAUUACCUCCUUACAAAAAAUGGAGUUUGACAUGUGGAAAACCAUGCUAGAUGAUGUUCAUAUUCAGUUUGAAGCCAAUGCUGAUAAGCUGUGGUUUCCACUUUACCUGGUUUUGCAUCGAGAAAGCACCUCUGAUAUGGUUGAAUAUACUCAAUCCACAUUGCAAAGCUUAGAGGAGUUUAUUCGAACAUCCAGUGUUGGUGAGUUUAGGAGACGUCUGCAGCUUAUGCUAACAUUUUAUGGACAACUGAAUGCUGGCAUAACCCUGGGAUCUUAUGUUAGUUUUACACACAAGGAAAACAGAGAUAUCUUGUACAAUAUUUUUGGCUUUUAUAUGCAAUUAUUGCCAGCUGUUAUGAAUCACAUUGCCACAAAUACUAAGAAUAUUAAAAGAGAAUUGGAAGAACUUCUGAAGUUAUGUCAGUGGGAUCGUGCCGAAAAGCUUGCAUCUCUGGAGAACUCGAAAAGACACCGUCUAAGGCUGAAAAAACUCUCACAGAAGUACACUGAUGCACUCCAGCAGCCAGUUAUGCUUGUUCUUUCUCAGGAAUCUGAACAUAGUGAUCUGAAAUUUCUGAAGUUUGACCACUCACCUGCUAGUGAUCAAGAAUUCUCUACAUUUGAUAAAUCUCAGUUUCACAACAGGACAACUUGGUAUGAAGAUUGGAAGAAAAAAGUUGAUCAUGCUGUACAAUGCUUGCAUAGCAGAAGAAAAUUGAAUAUUCAGACUUCAUUAGUUAACUCAAAUGUAGAUGGCAACACUAUUGGGCAUCUUCCUAUUUUGAAGCCUCAUGGUCAUACUUACAUGGAAGAAUGGAGAAAAGUAUGGAAGAACCUAGGAAAAAUAUGUAGAGCUGUAGUAGAAAGUGCAGAUAUGUGGAAAGAUGAAGGGAAAUCUCAAGUAAAGAUGAGGGCUUUCUCAGAUCUUCUAAAGCUUUUGGAAAAAUAUGGAUUAUCAAAGCACAAGUCUAGCCUUCAUAAAGUUUUGGAGAAAAGCUCAUUUUUCGCCACCAAAUCUGCAUUGAUCGAUGAUAAAGUUAAACAGGGGCAAUCAAACUGGUGGUUUUUUCUACCAUCAUAUGAUGUACAACAUUUGUUUCUGAAGCAUGACAGCUUGGCUUUUCAAAAUAAUGAGGUUAAUGAUUUCAGUCUCUUCAAAAGUUCAAACGGAACAAGUGUAGAAGAGACUUGGAAAUGUGCUAAUCAAUACUAUUUUAAGAGUCUGGCAUCAGUGGCGCAUCUACAACAGAUAUCUUUAAAUUUUCACAAAGAUUUUAAUGCGGAUCAGGUUAAUCGAUGUAGUACCUUCGUUGAGCAUCUCUUAAUGAUACAAAUGGAGCAACGUGCUGCAUUUUAUGAUCUGUCAAGGCGACAGCAUCACUUAAGGAGAAACCUUGGAUAUUUGCAAAAAAUGUGUUUGGUUUCCAAUUCUCUUACUGAAAGGACUACUGCUGAAGUUAAUAUCCCUACAAGGCAGCAGCUUCUUUUUAGAUGCAUGUGGCAACAAAAGGAACUUUUUGACACUUUAUGCUCUGUGCUGGAUGAAGAAUCCUUGAUGCUACAAAUAAUUAGAAGUACCCAUCUGAAUAGCUGUCAGAGCAUGAAAGAUGUAGGAAAUGACAUUCUUGUGCUCAUUGAGAAGUUUAGUCCAUUAUUUAAGAGAUCUAAGGUAUCUUUGGAUGAAGAACUUCUCGGUGAUGGUGAGUCUGCAUUUAAAUUGGCUGUUCUGAUGCACCCUGUUGUGGUAACAAAAGAUAUGGAAGCGUUAGUCAUUCAGAACUUUCAGCUGAUGAAGGAGCUUCAAGAACAUAUUCUUGCUUUACAUGUGCAGAUAAAGGACAAGAGAUCACUAGAAAAUGUCCUACUUGGUCAUUUUGAAGAUAUCAUAGAAAAGGCCAAAAAUGUGGAAAAUGAUUUCUACUCUACUAACGGGGACCGACAUUCAGUUUCUUCUGAAGAUCUCUCAUGCCUGGAAGCUGGAAUUGGUGCAUCACUCCAUGAUAUAUUUAGAUACAUUGGCAAUGCACUUCAAGAACUAGGAUCCUGGAGUAACAAGGAUCUUUCUGAUGAUGCUUUGUCAGAGGUCUCUGCGUGGAAACUGUUGUUCGACUCUUUUGCAUCAGAUCUACGGCUCGAACUUAUCAUCCAGGAACUUGAUAAACUAAUAUCCUAUGCGGGAAAACUGCCGAAUUUGAGUGGUUUAUCUUCGAAAACAGCUCAGCAAUUUAAGCGUCUUGAGGAGAUGCUGGUUCUCUUAUUGGACUUUAGUGAUGGCCUUUUACGUGAAUUUUUGGCUGUCCAUGAGAUGAUAUCCAUUUUGACUCAUAGGCUUGCUGGGAUAUUUGCUUCACUUUUUUCCAAAGGCUAUGGUGUACAAAGUGAAGACCUUGUUGAGGAUACCCAUGGUGACAAACCACAAGAUGCAUCCGGAACUGGCAUGGGAGAAGGUGCGGGAGUGAAGGAUGUGAGCGACCAGAUAACUGAUGAAGAUCAGCUCCUUGGGACUUCUGGAGAGAAAGACGAGCCCGAUACAUCCGAUCAAUUACCCAGCAAAAACGAUGAAGGAAUUGAGAUGCAGAAUGAAUUUGAUGCUCCUACGUACAGUUUGAGCGAAGAUUCUGGGGAUGAGGAUAACAAUAAUGAUGAUGGAGAUGAUGAAGCUGAUCAAUUGGAUGAUGCCAUGGGGGAUACUGGAGAUGGCAGUGAAGUUGUUGAUGAAAAGCUCCAAAACAAGGAAGAAGAUCAAAAUCUUGAUGAUAAAAAUCAGAAGCAUAAAACAGGACCUUCAGUGGAAGACAAAGAUCCCAAUAAUAGGGAGCUUAGAGCUAAAGAGGAUUCUGCUGCUACAACUGAUGAACUAACAGAAGGAAAAUCUGAUGUAUGUGAUGAUAAUGAAGAUAUGGAUACGAGUAACGAUGGCACUGAUGACAAGGAUAAUACAGAUCCAAUGAAUAUUGAUCAAGUAGAGGCGGAUAAUGAACCCACAGACAUUGAUCUUAACGAACCAAAUCCAACUUCUGUUGAAGAUUCGGAGAACGUAGAAGUAGACCCGGAUAAUUCCAUGGAAGAAGAUGUAAAGGAUGAGGGAGACAAUGAUGUGGAUGAUGGAGAUAUGGAAGACAAUAAUGAUGUCCCGGAAGAUGAAAGUUUAGCGAAAGCAGAUGCUACCCAGUUGAGUGAAGACGCUGAGAUGGAUGAUUCACAGAACAAGAAUGAGAAAAAUGAGGAUUUGGAUCUUACCGCACCUACUAAGGACAGAAGUGAGCAGGGGUAUUCUGAGUUGUCAAUUGAUCGUGUUCCUAACAUGCAGCCGAUGUCCCAAACAAUGAGUGAAAUGCAAAAGGCUGAUUCCACAAGUACAACGCUUGAAAUGAAGUCCUCGAUGAGUAGUGAUAUCCAGAAUGACCUUGCAUCACAAGAAAACGCCAGCCAGAUGGAAAGUCUGUUGGGAAACUCAUCAAAGGGUAAUCUGUCUGAUAACCAACCACAAACCCAUUUGCCUUCUCAAGACAUGUCAUCCAUUCAGAAUAAUCAGCCAAACCCGCUUCGCAAUAUCGGGGAUGCGCUUCAAGACUGGAAAGAGAGAGUGAAAGUAUCUGCUGAUGCUGCUCCGCAAAGAGAUGAAGAUACUGUGGAUGAUAUGGAAGAUCAUGAAGCAGAUCAAUAUGGGUUUACAUCUGAAUUUGAUCAGGGAACGGCACAGGCAUUAGGAUCUGCGUUGCCUGACCAGAUGGAACACAACAUUGCCCAUGAUAAACCUGAUGGAGAUAAGCUCAUUUCUCAGGAUAAUGAACAUGAGGAGCACCAAUUCGAGGAUUCUAAUACUGAAACAAAUCCCAGUCAUCCAGCUUUCAUGAGAUUGAUUGAGGAAAAAAGCAAAAUUUCUGAUUCGCGUAAUGAACCGGCAGAAGAUGCUCAAGAAGCUAAGAAAAAGAGUGAUGCUGGUCCUGGAAAACAAGUAGAGAGUUUAGUCUCAGUAACGAAGUCCUACAUGACUCACGAUAUGACAACUGAAAUUUCAACUGAUGAUGAACCAGGCAAAGUGCAGAAUCUUGCUCAACAACUGAGUGGCAUGAAUAUGAAUGCUCAUGAUCUUUGGAGGAAGUAUGAACUUCGUACGAUGAGGCUAUCUCAGGAAUUGGCUGAACAGCUACGCCUAGUCAUGGAGCCUACACUGGCUAGCAAGCUUCAAGGGGAUUACAGGACUGGCAAAAGAAUCAAUAUGAAAAAAGUAAUUCCAUAUAUUGCUAGUCACUAUCGGAAAGAUAAGAUAUGGUUGAGACGUACUAAACCCAACAAACGUGAUUACAAAGUAAUGAUUGUGGUGGAUGAUUCCCGCAGUAUGUCUGAAAAUUUCUGUGGUGAUUUUGCUGUUGAAGCAUUGGUCACCGUAUGCCGUGCCCUUUCUCAGCUAGAAGUAGGGAAAUUAGCUGUUACAAGCUUUGGGAAGGAAGGGAACAUUAGUUCAUUGCACGACUUUGAACAGCCUUUGACCGGAGAAGCUGGGAUGAAGAUGAUCUCAAGCCUGACAUUCAGCCAAGAGAAUACAUUAAGAGAGGAACCUAUGGUUGAGUUACUCAAAUAUUUGAGCAACAUGCUAGAACAGGCAAUGGGUAAUGCAAGACUGCCUUCUGGUCAGAACCCAUUGCAGCAACUUGUUCUAAUUAUUGCUGAUGGACGAUUUCAUGACAACAAGGAAAAGGUGAAACGGUGCAUGAGAGACUUAUUGCAUCGAAACUGUAUGGUCGCGUUCAUCGUUUUGGACAGUGCUCAAGAAUCCAUAGUAGAUUGCAAGGAUUAUAUCUUCAAGAAUGGAGUACUUCAAAAAGCCGUUCCUUAUCUCGACUCGUUUCCAUUCCCUUACUACAUUGUACUGAGGAACAUUGAGGCGCUCCCUAGAACACUAGCCGAUCUCUUGAGACAGUGGUUUGAGCUGAUGCAGCAUUCGAGUGACUAAUUGGGAUGACUGCCAUCCGCCGUGUUAUUCAUCUUUUUGAUUGGUCUUAAGCAGGCAUCAUAUGGCAUAUGGUACUGACAUUCUUAAAUUGACAAUUGUUAACUAUUGUGUACACUACAGUAUACAGUUUUGAGUACCAGAAAAAGGUUUUGAUAUGGUAGAGAUGUAUAUACAAAUUUUGGCGGGAAUGUAAUGUUAAUGAGAAACAAUGUAAGUCCUGAUUCUUAAUUCUAAUCCACUGUUCAAGUCAUCAUUUUUUAUAAAAGUUUCUCAAUGUUCUUGUGUUUUAGGUUUUUUUAGGGACAUUUUUAUAGUUCACAACCCUUUAUAUUUUGUCGCCACUCCUUAUAUAUUGAACUUUCAAGAUUGCUCCUGGUUA